UCACUCGCUCGUCACUCACCAAGAACCCAGAGAGCUUCAGCGCUCAGCUCAUUUGUUCAACCCCCUCUCCUGCUUUGUAUCCAACCUCUACGCCCUUCCGUCGUCACGCCCAUACUUCUCUAUCCUCUAAAAGCUAGCUCGCUAGCUAACUACUCUUUCUAGACUUGAGCACCGCCUUCUUGAAGGCAGCGAUCAUGGUCUCCCCGGACACCAUCCGCACUGCCAUCGGCGUCAUCGGCAAUGGAACUGCCCUGGUGCUCUUUCUGUCCCCAGUGCCGACGUUUAUCCGCAUCUGGAAGAAGGGGUCCGUGGAGCAGUACUCGCCGGUGCCGUACGUGGCGACCCUGCUCAACUGCAUGAUGUGGGUGCUGUACGGCCUGCCGAUGGUGCACCCCCACAGCAUGCUCGUCAUCACCAUCAACGGCACCGGCAUGGCCAUCGAGCUCACCUACGUCACGCUCUUCCUCCUCUACUCCACGGGGGCCGCCCGCCGCAAGGUCUUCCUCCUCCUCGCCGCCGAGGUCGCCUUCGUCUGCGCUGUCGCGGCGCUGGUGCUCAGCCUGGCGCACACGCACGAGCGGAGGUCCAUGGUCGUCGGCAUCCUCUGCGUCCUCUUCGGCACCGGCAUGUACGCGGCGCCGCUCUCCGUCAUGAAAAUGGUGAUCCAGACGAAGAGUGUGGAGUACAUGCCCCUGUUCCUGUCCCUGGCCUCUCUCGUGAACGGUAUCUGCUGGACUGCAUACGCCCUCAUCCGCUUCGACCUCUACAUCACCAUCCCCAACGGGCUGGGGGUGCUGUUCGCCGUGGCGCAGGUGGUCCUGUACGCCAUCUACUACAAGUCCACUCAGGAGAUCAUGGAAGCCCGAAAGCGCAAGGCGGACCAGGUCGCCAUGACCGAGAUCGUCGUCGACGGUAAAGAAAACAGCCACGCCGGCGCCGGCCACUACUGAUGGAUGGCGAUACCAAACUACCAAGUCAUUGUAGCUCGGCGUUAUUGCAACGUGUUAUUGCCGAGUGGGUUGAAGCGUGAUAUGUUGUUGCGUAAUGAAUCGAGCAGCUUUGUUAGGUGGGGGAAUUUUAGCUGAUUCCACCUUUGAUGCGAGUAAGUCGGGUGGCGUUUCUUCAACUAGGAGGGGGAAAUGUGGCCUUUUUCUGUUGAAUGGAUUCAAACAAAUCGGCAUGCAACACCA